AUGCGGUGGACCCUCGAGCAAGAAGUAGCGCAAAGGCUCGCUUCCAGUCUGCCCAACGCCAGCGAACUGCUCGCACAACGUGUCAUCUCGCUCUCGCGUUCCCUGCCAUCGGACAAGGCUUUCGUCAACGCUGCUCGAGCUUUUGGCAGAUUCCAAGACAGUUUCCUCGUCGAACUGCGCAGCUUCAUUGCGUCGCAUCCAGAUCAAGCAACGGGCAGUAGCGACAGCAGCAAUGGGAUCGCAACUUGCCAAUCGAACCCAACGACGACGGCCGAACCACAGCGCGAGAGGGCUGGUCUUUCGACUCUAGGCGGAGAAAAACACGUCUUCAAGGCCAAACCGGCUGUGAACAAGCGCUCAGAGGCCAACAACAGCUCAGCGACUGCCAUAAAGCGCCAACGUGUUUCUGGUGCACAACUGAGCCAUUUGCAUGAUGACCUCGACUCGUCCGACUCCAAGCCAACCAACACAGACCCCAUCUUUAAGGCACCGUCUAGAGCAGCCUCUGCCGUCCGGGCUCAGAUGCGAUCACGCGGCAGCGAGACUCCAAGUCAUACCGGAGGCUUGAGCGACACAGCGGCUCGAAGACUCGAAGAGCACCGGCGAAAGCGUGCGAUGGCGGCCGAUGCAAGGACUGAGGCAUCCAGCAAAGGGAAACAGACCGCUUCAUCCAACAAUGGUAGCGGCAGCGAUAGCCAUGUCAAGACCAGCUCGAGCUCACAGUCAACAGGACGUACAGCUGGGGACUCAUGGCGGCCAUCGGAGCGGCAUAGCGAACAAGCUCAACGACCGAGUUUCGAUCGCAGUCGCAACGACGAUCAACGGCGCUCGCAGUAUGGCAGAGACGAUCCCCAAAGGUUGGAGAGACGCACUUGGGACUCGACGCCACGAGGCUCCACUCACAGAUCGAACGGAACGGAUCGCUGGACACCGCAGCGCUCAGAACACAGCUCCAGAGCACAAUCAUCCGAUCCUUCGAUCGCAUCGACUCGUUCAGCUGGCUCCCGUCGCUGGGACGAAACACCAUUGCCACGAGGUGUUUCUCCGACGCCCUCCGCUUUCGGUCGCGAUCUCCGUUCAGAGGAUCGAGCGUGGGACGAGGACGACCGUCAGCUCGAUCGCGACUGGUACGACAUGGAGGAAGGUGGUGUCGCCGCAGACGAGGAACACAAUCCCUUCUCUCAGUACGAAGAUUUGGCCGGUCAAGUCUCUGCUCCUCUCGCUGCCAAGAAGGAAAAGGUCACAGCGCGUCAAGCUCAAUACAACGCCGACUCGGACGCCUGGGAGCGCAAUCGACUGCAAACAAGCGGCGUCGGCCAUCGAACAGCCAUCGACCUCGACAACAUGGACGAAGAUGGCGAGAAUCGCGUCCACUUGCUCGUGCAUGAUCUCAAGCCGCCGUUUCUGGAUGGCAAGACCGUGUUCACAAAGCAGCUGGAGCCCAUCAAUCCCGUCAAGGAUGGAUUGUCUGAUAUGGCUGUUUUUGCACGCAAAGGAAGUCGUCUCGUGAGAGAGACCAGGGAGAAAGCUGAGCGCGCUAAAGCGGCAGGCCAGGUUGCUGCCAUGGGUGGUACCACACUCGGCAACAUCCUCGGGGUCAAAGCGGAUGAUGAUGAAGACGAUCCUUCCGCGGCCUCGAACGGAUCAAACAAAGCAGAAGCCCAACACGCUAACGGCGACCCCAACGACACCUCGGACAACCCAUCCGCUCCCGAAGGCAAAGGCGACUCACAGUUCGCCAAACACCUCAAGACCAGCACCGGCGGCUCCGAGUUCAGUCGCUCAAAAACCCUCAAGGAACAACGUCAAUACCUUCCCGCUUUCGCCUGCCGCGAAGACCUCAUGAAGAUUAUCCGCGAGAACCAGGUGAUCGUCGUCGUCGGCGAGACGGGGUCCGGCAAGACCACGCAGCUGGCGCAAUUUCUCCACGAAGACGGCUACACCAAAUACGGCAUGGUCGGCUGCACUCAACCGCGUCGUGUAGCCGCCAUGAGCGUUGCGAAACGCGUGAGCGAGGAGAUGGAGUGUAAGCUCGGCGGAACCGUGGGCUACUCGAUUCGUUUCGAGGAUUGCACGAGCAGCGACACCAAGAUCAAGUACAUGACCGACGGUGUGUUGUUGCGAGAGAGUCUGAACGAGGCGGAUCUGGAUCGGUACAGUGCGGUAAUUCUGGACGAGGCGCACGAAAGGUCGCUGAGCACUGACGUGCUGAUGGGUCUUCUCCGAAAGAUUCUGCAACGAAGGCGGGAUCUCAAGUUGAUCGUCACUUCGGCUACGAUGAACGCGGACAAAUUUGCUUCGUUCUACGGCGGCGCGCAGACGUUCACGAUUCCAGGAAGAACCUUCCCAGUCGAUGUGCUGUUCAGUAAGACCCCUUGCGAAGAUUACGUCGACAGCGCCGUCAAGCAAGCGCUCUCCAUUCACCUCUCCCACCCCAAAGGUGAUAUCCUCGUCUUCAUGACCGGUCAAGAAGAUAUCGAAGUAACGUGUCAGAUCAUCACCGAACGACUCUCUCAAAUCGACGAUGCACCUCCCCUUCUCGUGUUGCCCAUCUACUCUCAAAUGCCGGCCGACCUGCAGGCCAAGAUCUUCGACUCCUCGGAAAAUGGAGAACGCAAAUGCAUCGUCGCAACCAACAUCGCCGAAACGUCGCUCACCGUGGACGGCAUCAUGUACGUCGUCGAUGCGGGAUACUACAAGCUGAAGGUGUACAAUCCCAAGGUGGGAAUGGAUUCCUUGCAGAUCACGCCCAUCUCGCAGGCCAAUGCGAACCAGCGUUCCGGUAGAGCUGGUCGAACGGGUAGCGGUACAGCGUAUCGACUGUAUACCGAAAUUGCCUUUCGGAACGAGUUGUUCGCCAACACGAUUCCGGAGAUCCAACGUACGAACCUCGCGAACACAGUGUUGAUGCUCAAGAGUUUGGGAGUGAACAACCUGCUCGACUUCCACUUUAUGGACCCCCCACCGCAGGAUACGAUCCUCAACAGUAUGUAUCAGCUCUGGGUGUUGGGUGCGCUCAACAAUGUGGGAGAAUUGACUAGUCUCGGAAAAAAGAUGGGAGAAUUUCCGAUGGAACCGAGUCUAUCGAAAAUGUUGAUCACGAGCGUAGAGUAUGGAUGUUCGGUGGAGAUGUUGACGAUCGUCAGCAUGUUGUCGGUUCCGUCAGUGUUUUAUCGACCGAAGGAGAGGAUGGAGGAGAGCGAUGCUAGCAGGGAGAGGUUCUACGUUGCAGAGUCGGACCAUCUCACGUUGCUGCACGUGUACAACCAGUGGCGCAACAACGGAUACCGCGACUCUUGGUGCAGCAAACACUUCCUGCACUCGAAAACGCUCCGCAAAGCGAGGGAAGUUCGAGUUCAGCUGGAAGACAUUAUGAAGUCGCAAAAGCUGCGGUUGGCUUCAUGCGGUACGGACUGGGAUGGAAUUCGAAAGUGCAUCACCGCGGGGUACUUCCAUCAAGCAGCGAGAUCGGCGGGGAUUGGAGAGUACGUCAACUGUAGGACGGGGAUCAAAAUGUUCCUGCACCCUACUUCGGCGCUGUACGGUUUGGGUUACAGUCCGGAGUACGUGGUGUAUCAUCAGGUGGUGUUGACGAGCAAGGAGAUGAUGAACACGGUGACUCAGGUGGAUCCGCACUGGCUGGCCGAGCUGGGUGGUGCUUUCUACUCGAUCAAAGAGAGGGGGAGUACGAGUGGACUGGCGCGCAAGAGGAGGGAAGGGGAUCUGGAUAAGUUGACGAGCUUGGAGCAGCAGAUGAUGAAGGACAGGGAGGAUGAGGUUGUGAAGGAAAAAGAGAGGAGAGACAGAGAGAAGAGAAAGGCGGCGGGUGGCGAGACUCCGAUGAUCGCGACUCCGGGGGCCACACCGUUUCGGUCUCGUGCCAGGCGGUUCGUCUAG